CAAGAAGUCGAACACCCGGCAGACUUCCUCUGUCCCAUCUCUAUGGAGGUGAUGAAGGACCCAGUGAUCGCGAUGGACGGGCACUCCUACGAGCGACAGAACAUCGAGCGAUGGCUAGAGGACCAUAACACGUCCCCUCUGACCAACCAG